UACGGAAUACCGAGUUUUCGGUAUAUUUUUCCAGCCAAUGUUUGUUCCCCUUUACUCUAACACAGCCUCAGUUCUCUCCAACCAGCAGCGCAGAACCCUUCCAAGUUUUUGAAGAAUUUUCUGCCUAGAAGGUCUGAAUAAUGGGUCAAGCGCUCUGUUGUGUUCAAGUGGAUCAGUCGACUGUUGGCAUGAAAGAACAGUUUGGCAAGUAUUGCGAAAUUCUCGAGCCUGGCUGUCACUGUGUGCCUUGGUGUUUUGGGUACCAAUUGGCUGGUACGCUAUCACUGCGCGUGCAACAGCUAGAUGUUCGUUGUGAAACAAAGACGAAGGACAAUGUGUUCGUUACUGUGGUUGCAUCCAUUCAAUACCGGGCUGUGACAGAAAAUGCAGCCGAUGCCUUUUAUAAGCUCUCCAACACUAAGGCUCAGAUUCAAGCCUAUGUUUUUGAUGUCAUCAGAGCUAGCGUGCCGAGAUUGGAAUUGGAUGCUGUUUUCGAGCAAAAGAACGACAUAGCCAAAGCUGUGGAGCAAGAACUUGAAAAGGCUAUGUCUGCUUAUGGCUUUGAGAUUGUCCAGACACUCAUUGUCGAUAUAGAACCCGACGUCCAUGUAAAGAGGGCUAUGAAUGAGAUCAAUGCAGCUUCUAGGAUGAGGGUUGCUACUAACGAGAAGGCUGAAGCAGAGAAGAUUCUGCAGAUCAAGAAGGCCGAGGGAGAAGCCGAGUCCAAAUACUUGUCGGGGCUUGGCAUUGCCCGACAGCGCCAGGCAAUCGUGGACGGGCUACGGGACAGUGUGCUUGCCUUCUCUGAGAACGUGCCCGGGACCACAGCAAAGGACGUGAUGGACAUGGUCCUCGUCACUCAAUACUUUGACACGAUGAAGGAGAUCGGGGCCUCCUCGAAAUCCAAUGCCGUGUUUGUUCCACACGGCCCCGGUGCUGUCAAGGACGUCGCCUCACAGAUCCGAGAGGGCCUUCUCCAGGCCGAGAGCAUUCGUCACUGAGCUCUCGCUCGUGUCUCUGCUAAUGAUCUUAGGUGGAGGUUUGUUUCCACAGAUUGCUAUGAAUUUUAAGAUUUGGUAUAGAUUUUGAUAUGAAUUCAUUCAGUUUUAUGGAUAGAAUAGGAUAUAGGUGGAAUAUAUGAUAGUGCCUGUUUUCUGCUAA